AUGGCGAGGAUAUCAUUUAAGGGAGAUCGUGAAGGUACGAAAACCAAGUCGGAGGGUAGCAGUCGAUGGUUAAGAGAAGUUGAGUACGAGCUCCUGGACCACCCGACCUCCACGGCGUGGAAUAUUCCGGUGCCGGAUAAUGCAGGACGGAACAAGCCAGCGAUGGACUACUGGCUGUCAGUAGCGAUGAGAGAGGAGUGUCAUGUCUUCAGACCACCGCGCGAAGCUCCGAUUCAUCGGCGGGACAGCGUCAAUGCACGCUAA